CUGGAGUCCUCCUGAUCCUUGGCUCUCCCCAGCCCUGCCCGCCAAGUUCACAAAGAGCCUGAGGAAGGAAGAGGCCACGGAAGGGGCCACGGCCACGCUGCGCUGUGAGCUGAGCAAGGCGGUCCCCGUGGAGUGGAAGAAGGGGUCUGAGACCCUCAGAGCCGGGGACAGAGUGAGCCUGAGACAGGAUGGGACGGUGUGUGAGCUGGAGAUCCGUGACCUGGCCAUGGCAGAUGCCGGGGAGUACUCGUGUGUGUGCGGGCAGGAGAGAACGUCAGCCGCGGUGACCGUCAGGGCCAUGCCCGCCAAGUUCACAAAGAGCCUGAGAAAGGAAGAGGCCAUGGAAGGGGCCACGGCAAAGCUACACUGCGAGUUAAGCAAGGCAUCCCCUGUGGAGUGGAAGAAGGGGUCCGCGACCCUCAGAGUUGGAGACAGAGUCAGCCUGAGGCAGGACGGAAACAUGUGUGAGCUGGAGAUCCGUGGGGUGGCCAUGGAGGAUGCCGGGGAGUACUCGUGUGUGUGCGGGCAGGAGAGGACAUCGGCCAUGCUGACUGUCAGGGGUAAAGAUCAUGUGUGGCCACGUGGGCCAGUGUAUUGGUGACUGCAUGUUGUCCAU